CUUCGCACGGUUGUUUCGCAGUGGGACCGCAACCUCUUUCUGUUGUUUCGGUGCCGAGACUCCGACUCCCGGAGGCCUUUGCGGCUGACAAGAGACUACGCCUCCCAGAGGCCUCUGCGACGCCGCGACCGGAAGUGACGGGCGAGCCGAGUGUCCUUGCGCGCGGAGCGGAGCGGUCAUGGUAUCCGGAGUGUGGUCGCUGAUGAGGUUCCUCAUCAAGGGCAGUGUGGCUGGGGGCGCUGUCUACCUGGUGUACGACCAGGAGCUGCUGGGGCCCAGCGACAAGAGCCAGGCGGUCCUUCAGAAAGCUGAGGAGGUGGUCCCCACCGCCGUGUACCAGUUCAGCCAGUACGUGUGCGAGCAGACAGGCCUGAAGAUACCCCAGCUCCCAGCCCCUCCAAAGUUUAACUUUCACAUCCGCGAGUCCUGGAAUUCAGGCAUCAUCACGGUGAUGUCCGCUCUGUCCGUGGCCCCCUCCAAAGCCUGGGAGUACUCCAAGGAGGGCUGGGAAUACCUGAAGGAGCGAACCAAGUAGCCUGUCAAGAGGAAGCUGCCUGCCCCAGGCGGGAACAGGGGCCAGGGCGCCAUGGACGCCAGACUGGGACCCCACUCCUAGGGCAGCUCCCGGCCUUGCCGGCCCAAUAAAGGACUUGGAAGUGUU